AUGAACUUUGAUAGAUUUAAUCCUCUAUCAAACUACUUCUCUAAUAAUGGAAUAGAGGUAAGCGAUUGGGGUAUCGAAGAAGCUACGUCGUCGCCAUCAUUGUCAAAUCACAACUUUAGUCAGCCUUUUCAAAAUGGCCGAAGCAUACAUGAAUUAGCAUCACCUAAUUUACUUAAUGAGAAUAUAGAUCAUAUGAAAGAAAAACCCGCUGAAGCUGAUUUCAUGUAUUAUUAUAUGAUAAAUAACAUGCACAGAGUAAGUCCAUCCACUGAGAAUUUUCGAAAGUUUAUAAAAAAGUACUUGUCAUUAAAUAAUAUUCAGAAUGAAUUUUGGGAAAAGUUUAAAUACAAUCUAAUAGUAUCAAGUUUAUUAGACGAUUCGAUGAUACUAUCCAAAAAUGAACAAUCACUAAAUAAUUUACAAUGCAGCAUUAAUAAUCCCAAUGAUAACCCCAAAAAAUUCGUGAAAUCGUUAAAUUUUGAUGGCACUGAAUUAUAUAUUCUAAACAAGCAAUAUCAAUUGAAGUUUUCAGAUAAGCUAUAUAAUUCCGAAAUGCUUAUUCAAACAAUUUAUAUGAUAAUAUUCCUUCUAAAGCAAUCCUUGAAAGGCGUGAAUUCAAAAAUUUCGGCACAGAACAAGGUCAAGAUGUUCAAAAUUUUACUUAUUAUUUCCGUGAAAAUCGUACAAUUCAAAAGAAUCAAUUUGAAAAUUCAGUCUACAAAGGUAUUAAAUAUGUUGAAUGGAUUCUUAGUGAAUAAUUACAAAGUCAACAAAAAAUUGAUAAUGAAUUUAAUUAAUCUAAAAGAAAUGGAAAUGUUUGGAUUUAUGAAAAAUUCGAAAAUAUCAAAGAACAAAGUAGUUGACCUAAAAGAGAAUCUUGAUAAUACGUUAGAUUUUUUAAAUUUUAAUUUGAAGAGUUCAAUUAUUAAAUUAUUACCUUUCUUGAAUGGUCCUAUGUUUGAAAAGUACUGCAACAUAAAUAAUAUUAAUGUGUGUACAUUGAAUUCGAAGUACAAGGCUGACAGAACAAUCGAAAUUAAUAAUUCAAGCGAGAAGGUAACUAUUGAUGAGUUGACCUUUAAACUUAACAAAUUCAAUCAAUUGAGAAAGUUUUUAGUUUGCCAAUUACUAACUGUAAAUGAAUCACCUGUUAGAAGCUUUUAUCUAUUUCAAGUCUGGGAUCAAUUUAACAUAACUGAAUACGAAAUCGACGAAGUCUUGCAAAAUGAGUUCCUGUUUUUCGAAAAAUUAUUAGUGAUUGAAGAAUUAUUUGAUGAGCAUACAAGUAUUUUGAAAAACUUUAACUUGAUAUUUGAAAAAUUUGAAAAAAUAAAUAAAGUUGAGACAAGGCAAGAUGAUAUCAGCAAUAAAGAUGUAUUGGAGAUAAGCAAUCAGACUCGCUAUUCAGCUUUUGAAUCUAUCACUGAUACUAAUAUGAAUAAUUUGAUUAACAAACUAACUAAUAUUACUACAAAUUUAACGUAUUUCAAGAAAUAUAAUCAAUCAAUAUCAUCUAUAACUAAUAUUGACGAAAUGAAUGAAAAGCUAAUGAUAUUCAAACAGUUCGGUGAUGAAUUGAAUUCAAUUAAAGAACUAUACCAAGUAAACUUUGGUGAAUUAAACAACGAAUUUUAUAUUAAAUCAAAUGACUUAUCAUCAAUGAAAAGUUCACCAAGAUCGUCUGUAUCUUCUUCCAAGAGAAACUCUAAUUCUAAUGGAGAAUUUAAUUUGAAAUCUUUUCAUACCGUCAAUUCUAAUUCCGCUAAGAAGAGGUUCUCUUUGCCGAUGAAUCAGUCACUAUCUUCUAUUCCCAGUCCAACUAUACAACAAUCAACAUAUUCUGAUUCGAAUUUGCCUUCUCGAUCAUCAAAUAGUAAGGCUAAUGGACCAGAUACACAAUACAAACGAUUAUCUACUGGUCUUCAAUUAGGCUUAUUAACAGUAUUUGAAGAGCCGGGCCAUAAAGCCAGAACGGCCAACAGUAGGUUCUCGUCUGAUUUAAACCCCCCCUCAAUACAGGGUAAUGGAAAUACUAAUGAUAAGAUGAAUGGACCAGUUUGUUAUGAUGACAACUACAUGAACAUGCUUCCAUCCGCCAAUUACAACGAAACAUUUAACCAAGCAGCGCUAGAUUCUCUAUCAAAUAACUUGAGCCAUAAAAGGCUCCUUAAUACGCUCAAACGCUCCUCUAAUAACAGGUAUUCUCUAAAUUCAAUGAACUCAAAUAUUAGUGGAUUAUCGGAGUUAUUAAGUUCAACUCAAAUCACGACUUAUGACGAUGACCAUGAUGAAAGCAUCGAUGAUGGAGCUGGAGCAGAAAAGCAGAGUCUCUCUAAGGAAGAUUUAAAAUUAAAAUUAGAAGAAAGCUUUAACAGAAUUUAUAAUUUAGAACAUGAGAAUGAAAGCUUGAAAUUAAAAUCACUGGUUGAUAAUACAUUAAGCGACAAUACAAAUGAUCUUAAUUCUAACACUAAUAUCAAUACUAAUACUAUUACUAAAACCAAUGAUACGUUCAACAAUGGAAACCAAAAUAAUAAAGCAUUUUUGAGUGAACUAGAGAAUUCUUUGAGUGCAAAAGUAGAUACAUAG